AAAACCCAGAGCGUCUUUUGUAGUGAGAUAUCAGAAUCAACCACUCAUGUCGUCAUAAAAACAGAUGAAUAUCUAGUGUGUCAUAGAACAAUGAAGUAUUUCCUGGGAAUAGCUGGCAGAAAAUGGGUGGUGAGCCAUAACUGGAUUGUACAGUCAUUCAGAGAGGGAAGAAUCCUUGAUGAGUACGACUUUGAAGUGAAGGGAGAUGUGAUCAGUGGAAUAAAUCACAGAGGUCCCAGAAGAUCUAGACUAGGAUCAGAUGGACUGCUCCUGUCUGACUUUGAGAUUUGCUGUCUGGGAAGUUUUAAAGAUAUGACUCGAGAAAAUCUAGAAUGGAUGGUGUCCUUAUGUGGUGCUUCCUUUGUAAUGGAGCCUCAGAUGUUUAAACAUAAAGAGGGAAAUACAUCUCUGGUGGUUGUGCAAGGAGAUGAGCAGACAGACUAUGCAGCUAUGCGGAAGAGGUACCGUGCACUAGUUGUGACACGUGAAUGGGUCCUGGACAGUGUAUCAAGCUAUAAACUCCAGCCAUUCGAUAGUUACCUUGUGUGA